CAGACCUGAUUUCGAUGCUCGCCCCAAAAGAUGCGUUCUUCUCAUCCGAUAGAAUCCAUACCUGCACCAGGAACUCGCUAGUUGUAAGCAUCGAGCUAAAGGGGCAAAUAGAUCCGAACCAUAUUCGGAAACUUUUAAACACGAAAAUACUCCAGUCAAGGGAUCAGAAUGGAAAUUUGUUGUACCCCGAAAUCGGAUGGAGCAUGAGGCACUGGCUGGGGUUUCCUUUCUGGUCGCAGGCUUCCUUAAUUGAGGAUAAUGUCCGGGUUUCAAGUGAAGAUGUUGACCUGAAGCAACUCCAGGCACAAUUGGCUGUUCAAGAAUAUCGCGAAAAUGCUCCCUUAUGGGAACUUGUCCUGCAUACAAAUUGCGUACUGCUCCGAUGGCACCAUUCCCUGUCGGAUGGGUAUGGAAUGCUCCUGCUCCACGAGGAAUUGAGGACGCUGGGCACUGCAAAAAAAUUGCGACCUGUAGUACCAUCAAGGAAAUCUAUUGGGACAUCCUUCCUGCCCUAUUUGGCACUGCCGUAUGACCUGAUUAAGCUAUUUGUCGAAUUACUUCUAACGGAGUGGUUCCCAUUGGAUAAAAAAAGCUGGACAAAAUUCAACGCAAAAUCCAGCCCCCUUGAAACCUCUGCUCGUCUCUGCUCCCACACCAGUGAAGCCAUCCCAUUCAGCGUGAUUCGCAAGCUGGGAGUUAAAUUCGGCGUGAAUGGGACGGCUGUUUUACAUUCCGCAAUUUUAGGCGGGUUAAGGACCUUCUUUCUCGCCAACGGGAGAAACAUUCCGUCCUCCGUGGCCGUAGAGACACCCAUUCCCGAGUCGGUGGAGAGGAAGAGAAGAUUGGGAAAUAAUGUAACUCUUCGCUGUUACUCGGCUCCCCUUGGAAGUCUAGAUGCUCAAACUAGGCUUCGCUUAGUCCAUUCAGGUAUCCUGUCCAUGAAGAGGUCCACUUUCCCCCUUGCAAUGACAUUGGCCGUGGCAGCGUUGGGUCACCUUCCUCGCACCUUGUUGAGAUUUACCUUCGCCGCGAAUGAUAAGAGGCAACGGAUUUUCAUCUCCAAUUUGGCCGGGUUUGAAGAGGCGACAGACUUCUGUGGCCAUCAGGUCGAAAAUAUUUCCAUGGCGGCGGGAAUAUAUGUAGGAAAUGCAGGCAUUGGGAUUACGCUCAUUUCGUCCGGGGGUGAAUUACGAGUGACAGUACUAGCGGAUAGAAAUAUACUCCAUGACGAUUUAUGUGCGUUGCGGGUGACGGAAAACUUCAUGGCAGAGCUGGACUUGUUACGAGCAGCGUGCCCAGACGGGAACAAGGAUGACACUUUUACGAUAUGAUACAUAUGAUACGAUACGAUAAAUGUGUGAUACGAUAUGAUUUUAGGGUAUGAUUAAGCAAUUAAUUUAAAUGAAAGAAUGUUGAAGAAAUAAUAUAUUUUUAGUAACUUGUGGAACUGAAUUUCGAGUUUUUGCAACUAAUUGUAAGCAAUAUACUUCUAUGAUAAAUAAUUAAUAGCUCAUUAUGAAAAUUUCUUAGUACUAUUUUUAUUUUUGUGUGUAACCCCAUAUGGAACAUAUGUAAAUUUGUUACUUGAUUUGAAUUAAUGCAAAUAUCUAUCACACGAUAUAUAUCACGCUAUUUUUUACGAAGUCUAAUUUUCGAUACCACUUCGCCUUAUCAACAACUUUUGCAACAGCGCCUUUCAUGGUCAAUGUCAAGGUCAUCUCCAAUAAAUAUUUUGGCGUA